AUGAGUAAGAAGUGUGCUCGACAAGAGUGCGGUAAAACUGUUUAUCCUCUUGAAGAAUUGAAGUGCCUUGAUAAGAUCUGGCACAAAGGGUGCUUCAGGUGCACAGUAUGCGGCAUGAUUUUGAACAUGAAGAAUUAUAAAGGAUAUGAUAAGAUGCCUUAUUGUGAACCUCAUUAUCCGAAAACUGUCGCGUCGGUAGUGGUUGACACACCAGAGAUGAGACGUUUAACUGAGAAUACAAGACUGCAGAGUCAAGUGAAAUAUCAUGAACAGUUCGAGAAAUCCAAAGGGCAGAGAAUUCAGGUGGCUGAUGAUCCUGAACUAACACGUCAUCUUCAAAAUACUAAAAUUCAGUCACAGGUCGCAUAUCAUGGAGAGCAUGUAAAGAAAAAGCUACAGGAUGAAAUUCGACCUCAAGCAGAACAGCAGAAUAUUUCAACGAAUGUUCUUCACCAUCAGUCGACCACACCAUACUCCAGCAAACUUGCACGACAAUCUGGAACUCUUAUUUAUUCAUCCGAACAAGGUGGCAGAGUUCCCAUCCAACAACGUCAGGUUGGUAGUAUAGCUGAUUACGAUCCAUUAAAUGGAAACUGGGGUACAGUAGGAUCGAGUCGAACGGCGGAAAAAAUUGGUACGAUCAUUUCUUUUAUUGUCCAGCUGUUUUCUGUUUCUGUUCUUACUUCGUUUUCUUCCUUUUUUCGAAGUGGACCAAGUUUGAAAGGAGCUGACUUUAUUGUGAGAGCACUUUAUGAUUACACUGCGGCCGAUAAAGAUGAGGUGACAUUCAUUGAAGGUGAUAUUAUUAUCAAUUGUCAAAAAGUAGACGAAGGAUGGCUCACAGGUACUGUGCAAAGAACACAGCAGUGGGGAAUGUUACCAGCGAAUUACGUGGAGAGAGUGAAACAGCCUACUGGGCUUCAUUAUCUCAGCUGA